CUGUAGCGUGUCACAGCUCCAAACUGCUGCUGAGGAGAAAAACCACAGUGAGCAGGAAAAACACAAGAGUUAUCCCGGGAGUUAACACAAGCAUGGAGGGACACGAACAUGGUGCCCAGAGACCAGACUCCAUCCCAGAAGUGGGGGAGGAUGCAGCGAGCACAAUGCAGCCCGCGUCUGGCACAGCCCUUACUGAGGAGGAACAAGCGGAGCUACACAGUGAACUGGUGAAGGUGGAGGAGGAAAUCCAGACUCUUACUCAAGUGCUGGCUUCCAAGGAGAAGCACUUGGCAGAGAUCAAGCGGAAGUUGGGUAUCACUCCGUUCAACGAGCUCAAGCAGAACCUGAGCCGGAGCUGGCAGGAAGUCACUGCAUCCACAGCAUAUAAGAGGACCUCAGAAACGCUGAGCCAAGCUGGCCAGAAAGCCACAGCAGCAUUCUCCAGUGUGGGUUCAGCCAUCAGAGGAAAGCUGGAGGAUGUCAGUAUACGCUCCAUACAACACUCCACUAGCAUGCCUGUGAUGAGGAACACUCCAACCUUCAAGUCGUUUGAGGAGAAAGUGGAUAGCUUAAAGACCAAGGUGAGCCCCACUGCAUCAUCCACCGAGCUUGGGACCGAAUCAGAAUCGACGCCGAGUACAGAGCCGGUGGUCGAGCAGCCCGAUGGGACGACCAUUCUGGCUCCAGAGCCACACUGAGGAACAGCCUUUUCACCUCCCUCCACUCUUUCCUUCUUCCACCCCUCCUCCCCUCUGCUUCUUCCCUCCUAACAUCAUACUUAGCUGAAAAACAAAACUGAUGCUCUGUGCUCUCUUUCCCUCAAACUACUUAGGAAGGAGUGUGUUCAUAGGAAAUGCAUCACCUAUAGAUAGUGGACACAAGAAGAGUAGAAAGAUGAGCUUUGCGAGUCCGGUUUUCUAAAAACAGUUCACUUUCUCAGUUUUCGCACUACAUGGGUUCAGGUUCUGUUAACGUCCGUCAUUGCAUCUUUUGAAUGUUUGCCUGAGGUCUGGUAUCCAGAACAUGUGCUAGGCUGACACUGGAGCUGAACUCUGGUGGAGAUGAAUGACAGUUUAUAUAUGAUUCAUGACCUUUUGUCUGUUAUGUACUUGGUUCUCUUCCCCCAAAACAUGUUUCCAUAAACAAGGCCAGUGUGCCCUUCAUGUGUUCAGUGACGGAGGUUGAGGUCUACGCUGGUAGCCCAGCCCACAGAUGACCUUUUAUAUAUAGUUUUACUGUAAAGGACAAACAUUGAAGCUGCCAUUUGAAGGUCAGCUAUGACUUUUUUUUUUUUUCCCUUUUAAAAUUUAUACAGAUGUUUUUGUAUUAGUUACAUUUCCCUCUAAAUAAAACACUGCCAUAAACUAACACUUAGAGGCUACUGUAAAUGGUGUCACACUGUUUUUAGUACCUCAUAGCAAAUUACAACUUUAUUUUCUCUUUUUUUUUUUUUUUUUUUGGGGGGGGGGUUGUGGAUUUACCUUUUAGGUUUUUGCCUCUUUGCCAAAAAAGUGAGAUGUUUUGUGAACAAAAGCCUUGUCUGACACUCUGUGUGUCAUUUAGAUGAAUAAUGCUGGAUAAUAGAGGCCAAAACUUUGUAGGCUGUAUAUAUUUAAACAAAAGCAGGUUUAUAUAUUAACAAAUUCGUUAAAAAAUUGAAAAAACAAUUCAAAGCUGAGUUGUGUAGAGUUGUUUAGGUUCAGAUUUUAUAUAGAGAAAAAUGGAACCAAAUUGCCAACAUUACAGCAAGUUUGACAGUGAAAUAAAUCUGUACACACACACAGUAUAUCACCCAUUUAUUCCUACAUACAGCUCCACCUCUGUUUGGCGUGGACACAUGGUACAAGGUGGAGGAAUAAAACAUGACCGGACGUGCUGUUCUAGGACAAUAAACCUGGGGCAGUUUAAUGCUGUUACCUUCAUGUUUGAUUUUGUAGUUUAUUUCCCCUGAUAACAGCAUGCCCUGGAGUGUUUUAUUCCUCUUGCACAACAGCAGUUUGCCAAUGAGUACUUUUUUUUUUUUUUUUAAAUCCAUUAUAGUUACGUUAAUGUUUUUCAGUGUUUGUGAAAUAUUAGUUUAGUUCCUGUUUUCACUCGCCUUACAGCAGCAGCUUUAUCAGCCUGACUUUCUCUUUCUUGACCCUAACAAGACAAAAUAUGCAGCUUGGACUGAAGUACUCCAUCCUGAGGAACUUCCUCCAUCAGAAAACAUCGUUGCAGCUUUACUGUUGCUCUGACUGACAGAGCGCUGACACUAGAGACGACUCCUACAAAUGCUAAAAAGGCGUCUUCUCGCAGAAAACUUUCCCAUGUUAAGUUACACACACUUUUUUUUUUUUUUUUAAUCCAUUUACAUGGAGCGUCUGUUAUCCAGUUCCUUGUCUCCAUUGCGAUUAAAGAGGUGAUGACUUAUUGAACGAGUGCAUUAAUAUAUAAACCUGUGAUUCGUCUUAUCAGAGCUGCUAUAACAGAAAAUUAAUCACUUUCUGUCCAGUCAGAAUGAAGAGCUGAACAGCGCUGUGGUGCAAGUUUUUAUUUCACUGUAACAAGGUCAUCCAUUUGACAGCAUGUGCCAUUUCAUUUCUGAGGUCUUUGAGCAUAACAUGUUCCCAACUAAUCUUAUAAGCACAACUAGCUCAGAGUUUUAUCUCCCAGGUUCUGGCUUUUUCUUAACAAAUGGGAGGAAGUUUCCAUUCAGUUGUUUUAUAAUCUAAAAUAAGGCUCCAGAUCUACUUCAGGAUUCAUGUUUUCUAUGUCCUUAUUCCACUUGCAGGUCAACAUGAUCUGUAAAUGUCCUGAUUAUGUAGCUCGGGUGGGUUUUGGAUGUUUUAAAUUGAAUGACUGUGGUCAGAACUCACUUUUUCUUAGUUUUCUUCUCAUACCGUCAUCAGUAAAAGCACCACAUGGACAGGUUGGAGUGAUGUGAUUUGAUUUUUUUUUUCCCUUGGCUGUUAGAUAUUCCUAACAUUUAUUAGACGAUUUUUUUUUAAAUUAACAAAGACAAGUGUAUGAUUAUUUUGGGUUAUAAGGAGGAAUACACAUUGAUAGUGUAUAAUAAAGUAGAGGCUAAUAUAAUUAAAGCUUGGGUUAGCAGGCUUUUUUUUUUUCUUUUCUUCCCCCCCUGUAACACUAACAGCUCUUGCUGAGAAGCUGCUGUAUUGCAAGUGUUUAACUUCUACAUAGGACAUUUCUAAGUAAAGAGUGCAAAAGUUUGUUUGCCUGCAUGGACUUCAUUGAUUUUUUUUUUUUCAAUUUAUCUUGUAAAAUUGUCUGUUGUAAAAUCUUUUCAUAUGCAGCAGCAGUGAUAUUUGUCUGAAAAGCUCAUAUGACUUCAACGUCAAACACAGACCUCUUAUUUAGUCAGAGUUUUUUGAAGGAUAGAAUUUUACCCUGGUUGUUAGGUAUUAACGAAUUUAUCUAUCAGACUAACCUGUUGGGUGAAGUUAUACCUCCAAAAUAAAUCCUGGCCAUUCUUGCGGCUCAGGCGUAGACUAUUUCUGCUCAUAACACACUCCCCAAGCCUUUGCACUCUGCAUCUCUAACAAGUGUGUUCAUUCCCUGCAACCUAAUCACAGAGUGUAGUUGACUUCUUUGUAUGUCUGCGCCUAAAUAAAGCACAAUAAUUAUA